AUGACGGCAGCAGCAGCAAGAGGAGGCUUUAGAGAACUCCUUAAAAAAUAUGGGAAAGUAGCAGUAGGUGUACACUGCUCAGUCUCAGCGGUGUCAAUCACUGGUCUUUACAUUGCCAUCAAGAACAACGUGGAUGUUGAAUCCCUUUUCGACAAGUGGCAUCUGCCUGGUUUCUCUAAAGAAGAAACAGCCCAACAAGAUGAUCGAGAAUGGAAAUCCCAAGAUGGGUUUCUCAAGAAUGAUGGUUAUAACGAUAGAUCAAUGGUGGUGAUUGAGGAAGAGAAGAAGAAGACUAAUCGGACGGCUGAGCUUGUUGCAUCAACUGGUGGGGCCUUGACUCUGGCUGUGCUGUGUAAUAAGGCUUUGUUUCCUAUACGGGUACCCUUAACUGUUGCAGUUACUCCUCCUCUGGCUAGGUUUUUGGCUAGGAAAGGGAUUAUCAAGAAUGGUGUAUGA